AUGUUCAUCGCCUUCAAAAAUGCCCGCGCAUCUCUCCCACGGCGUAUCCGCCUUUCGCCCUCCCUAAUCCGCCAUGCCUCCACCAAAAUUACAAACGAACAACUCGAACCCUCAAACGAACUCUCUGAACGACUACGAGAUACAGGACUAUGGCAAUGGACUCGUGUGGUCGGUCGCCCGAAGGCCCCUAUAGGUGAUAAGCACCGUGCCAACAUUGUUAGCCAAAGUCUUUGCGAUGAUAUUGCGAAAUACGUCGGUCCCUCGUUCGAUCGCCAUAAAGGCUGCGAUAUCGUCGAUAUAAAUCCCGGCCCCGGUCUUUGGAGCCGUACCCUUCAUGAUCUCGUCCAACCGCGAAAACACAUCCUCAUGGAACCCGACAUCGAGCUAUACAAACCCUUUUUAGGCGACUUCCUCGAUAAACCCAACGUCGAAGCCGUCCCCAAAGCCGGUAUUCUCUGGAAAGACCUAAACUCCAUCCUCGAAUCCCUCUCCCACCAAACCAUGCGCGAUCCCGCCGCCGAGCCCAAACGCAAUGACACCCUCCUCGUCAACGUCAACCUAUGCUACUGCCCACCAAAGAAGUACCAAAUGUUCGAAUGCGUCAGCACAAUGGUUCUUUACCAACUAAUGUCCAGCAUCCGCACCGCCUCGCUCUUCCAGCAAUACGGUCUCGUGCGCAUGCUCGUCUGGAUCUCCGACGAUGGCAAACGGCGCCUCCUCCCACGAAGUUCCAUCCGUCGGAAACGCGGCGCCUUCGAAGCAGAACUUUCUCUAGAAUGGCUCCAUGAAAUCUGCGGACAUGACAUCGAAGUCGAAGAUCGUUAUGAACUCCGUGAUGAGUGGAUUAACAUGGAGUCAGGCUACAAUUGCCUAAAGCGCAUGAAGAAAGCUGGGUUAACGAUGCCCAAGGGCCGCGAGACAAUUGUGUACAACAACCUCAGCGCCAAUCUACAAUUCGCCAAUAAAAAACUCGCAGGCGUUCAACCACCACGACACAACCGACCAUUCCGCGAAGAACUCGAAGGUUUAGAAACUGCCUUUGCAGAAGACGAGGCCUCAGAAGCAUCCUACCGAUUAAAAAUGCUGCGCUAUCGCGAAAAGUACGACGCAGUAGAUUCGCAGCUCUUUCUCGAACUCCUCCAGCAGCGCGACGCCUUAAUGAAGCUCUGGAAGAAAUCCCCCACUCAAUUCCCCGCCGCCGAAGCAGAAUUCAACGCCCGUCUCGACGGCGUCAAGAAAAACACACGAAAAGAAUGGCUCAUGGUCCGCGACAACUACCACCUCUUCCGUCAAAAAAAACCAGUUCUAUUUUGGGACCGUCGCCCCUUCGAACCCCUCGCCGCGCGCGCCGAUGAAUUCUACCCUCGCAUGCCCUGCGCUCUUCUCGAUCUGCAGCCCAAAGCCAUGAGCAAGUACACACGCCAGCACGGCCCCGCUUCGCGAAACGGUACAAUCUCAGAUACGAUGCUUCGCUACUGGUUCCAGCACAUGCUCGCGCCUGUACAGAGUGCAAUGGACGGCGCCUGGCCUGGAUUCGGCGACUGUGCAGCGGAUAUUGCGUCGCUUCAUGAUCCUGCGCAGGGCGGAUCACCGAUUUCAGGGCAUGGAGCGUUGGUAGCGCGAUGUGUUACUGAGAAGCAAUGGGCGGAUAUUAUCAAGGCGUACUUGGAGUGGCCGUUCGCGCCGGAGUAUACUACGCUUGUGGGUAGAUUGAUGGAUGAUUAUGAGGUUGAUCCACCUCAAGAGGACGAGUCCAAGGGUACCGCCAUGGGCGGCGUUGCAUGA